UUUUGUUUGUCCGGCGCGUUCGCUUGCUUCACUUAUGCGCUUGUCGAAAAUCAAGGAAAGGGCGCGGAAAAUAAGUUUAAUUAAAUAUUUCGAGUGGCUCGACUAACACAGCAAUUAAGCGAAUGUGCAAAACGUGAAAGCAGUUGUGAAUAAAACGUACUCAUCGCGAAAUUAAAAGCUUUUUGGAAGCGUCCUGCGAUGGAGAAACGCGUGAGGAAAAAUCAAUUCGUAAGUAAAUGGGCGACGCGGAAAACGGUGAUUUAAAAAUCAACUGAAAUGAAACGCGUGCGGAAUUUACCUGAACGGAAAACCUAAUCGGUCAGCAAAAAUUGCGUUUUGUGCCAAAACAGAAAGCGCAAUAAAUAAAUAUAUAAAAUUGUGCAUAUGGUGUAUCUACAUAGAGUGCAAAAAGAACGUGACAAGGAAGAGCAAACGAAGAAAAUGUAAGGAGAAACCCACACCGGAAUUCCCCAGCCGAAGAAACGCAACCAAAGAAGCUGCCAGUCCUCACAAACGGAUCCUGAAAGUUCCUUCCACCCACAAGCCAGUAAACUCAAAACUAAAGCCAAAUGACUGCCAACAGUUUGCUAGGAAGGUCCAUACUCAAUGAGGGACGCUCAAACAAGCGAUCAUUUGUGUCCCUGAUUGUGGGCCUGAUCGUGGGCUUCUGCCUGGCGGAGCUGUUCGUCUACUCCACGCCGGAGCGAAGUGAAUUCAUGCCAUACGAUGGCCAUCGGCACGGCGACGUGAACGAUGCCCAUCACAGCCACGACAUGAUGGAGAUGUCCGGGCCGGACCAGGAUGUGGGUGGACACGAGCACGUGCACGAGAACUCGACCAUUGCGGAGCGACUGUACAGCGAGGUGCGGGUGCUCUGCUGGAUCAUGACCAAUCCGAGCAACCAUCAGAAGAAGGCGCGCCACGUGAAGCGCACCUGGGGCAAGCGGUGCAACAAGCUGAUCUUCAUGAGCUCCGCCAAGGACGACGAGCUGGACGCAGUGGCUCUGCCCGUGGGCGAGGGUCGCAACAAUCUGUGGGGCAAGACGAAGGAGGCCUACAAGUACAUCUACGAGCAUCACAUCAACGACGCCGACUGGUUCCUGAAGGCCGACGAUGACACCUACACGAUAGUGGAGAACAUGCGUUACAUGCUGUAUCCGUACAGUCCGGAAACUCCAGUCUACUUCGGCUGCAAGUUCAAGCCGUACGUGAAACAAGGCUACAUGUCCGGUGGUGCCGGCUACGUUCUCAGCCGGGAGGCUGUGCGUCGCUUUGUGGUCGAAGCCCUGCCCAAUCCGAAGCUGUGCAAGUCGGAUAACUCGGGCGCUGAGGACGUGGAGAUAGGCAAAUGCCUGCAGAAUGUAAACGUGCUCGCUGGGGACUCGCGAGACUCAAACGGUCGGGGUCGCUUCUUUCCAUUUGUGCCCGAGCACCAUCUGAUCCCAUCGCACACGGACAAGAAGUUCUGGUACUGGCAGUACAUCUUCUACAAGACGGAUGAGGGUCUUGACUGCUGCUCGGACAACGCCAUAUCGUUCCACUACGUCUCCCCCAAUCAAAUGUAUGUGCUGGACUAUCUGAUCUACCAUCUGCGACCGUACGGGAUCAUAAACACACCCGAAGCAUUGCCCAAUAAGCUGGCCGUGGGCGAACUGAUGCCGGAGAUCAAGGAGCAGGUGACGGAAAGCACAAGUGAUGGGGUCUCCAAGAGAUCCGCCGAGACAAAGACGCAAUAAUAGAGACACACGGGUAGACCCGUAAUGUACAUAUAGCUUUUGUAUAUAUCAAUAGAUAAUUGUGUAAUCCAACACGAUGAAUCGCUACAAGCUAUCCUAGCAAUGCCAUUACCACUUCCAUAAACCAACUUUAUGUCCUCGGUCCAUUUCUUCACAUCCCGAAAGGUUUCGUUUGGACUCCACUACGGAGCUCUUUCCUUUUGUACAAAUACCAAAACUAGGUAUAAUUUAGUUAUGUUACUGUAGUUUGUAAUUAAGUCUAGGUUGUACAAUUAUAAAGUCAUCACUAA